AUGUCUGGCUUCAAGGACGAGAAAACACUUACAACCAUCCCGGAGCUUCACAAAGACCUUCCGGGACCUCCAAACAAAGACCACGAUCUCAAGCUCGUGAAGGCGGAGGAGGAGAUUCUUCAACAUUACAAGGACUUUGCCUACUUCUGCAACUUCGACUGUAAAGACCACCCCGACUGGGGCAAGAAGUUUUAUGACCUCGAUGAGGCCAUGUACUUCGACCUGAUGGGGUCGGUCCAACGGCCUGGAUUCCGCCCUCACUACGACAAUAUCACACCCUAUCUCGCAGAUGCACAAAUCGCAUUUAAAGACCUCGAGAUCACAGCUGUAACCGAGACUUUUGGAUAUGCAACUGCCCUACAGAGAUAUUGGGGAGUGGCUGCGGAUGGAAAUGCUUUUGACUUCACUUUCCGCACUACGAGUCUCGUCCGCAAGAGGGGUGAUGGCAAUUGGAAAUAUAUCCAUGAGCAUUUCUCAUUCCCAGUGAACAUGGCUACACAGAAGGCGGAUCUUACUAGUGGCCUGAAAAUAGAAGAGAAUAUCAGGCUGGAAUAGACGGAAGAGGUGCUCUGCAAAUGGACUAUGACACCUUGGAAUCAUAGCGAAUAGCAUAUUGUGCACUGUCAGCACCUAUGAGAUCUAGUUUUUCC